AUGGCGACCCCGCCUUCCGCUUCCGCUUCCCCUUCCGCAGCGCCCGCCCCGCCCGGGCUCGGCCUGCCCGCCGUUCAGCCCGGCCUGCGAGCGCGGCGUCCGCGGAGGGCCGGGAAGGGUCCGGGAGGAGCUCAGGAAGGGCUCGUUGUCCGGCGGGGCCCGGGCGGGGCUCCCCUGGUCCCGCACACGUGGUACGGGCUCACUCAUAGCCAGAUCGCCUGCUCGGCAAUGUCCCCCCCCCCCCGUGUCUCUUGUCGCCCCGGGGCGAGUCCCGGCGAGGCCGAACGGCUCCGAAGGGACGUACACGGCUCUUGCCCGCGGCGGAACCGGCGUUCGCCGCCCCGCCGUGCGAGGAGGAGUCCGGGCACCGCGGGUCCCCCCGCCAGGUCCCGGCACGGGCAGCCGGUCCCGCCGGGGAGCCCGGAGCCGCGUGGUGCCCGUCCCAUCCCUCCCCCGCUAUCCCCUGCCCGCCCCGGCAGCGCUCCGGGGCUCGUUUGCAUUUCAGAGCAGCCGGUUCGCCGGCGCAGAUUCCCAGAACUGCCGCACUGGGUUGGUCUCUGCCGGGCAGCGGCCGCUCCUCCGGGGCAAAUUAAACCGUUUAAAAUAAACCCACGGACAGAGCUCGGGUUGUGUGCGAGCUCGGAACCAACAAUUGCCAAACGGAUGGGGAGGGGAGCUCCGGCGCCGCUCCUCCCGCCGGGCACAGUCCCCGGCGGGGCGGAGGGUGAGGAACCCCCUCGGAGCGGCCACGGGCUGGGUCCACGGCCCCGCAGUCCGGCCAAACACCAACCGCACGGAGCGUCCCGGGGCUCCCCUCCCCAUCCGUUCGCGGGGAUCGAACAGCUGCGCAGCCGGGAGCCCCCGCGCACCCCGGGUGCGGAUUCCCCCUUGUCUCCAGACCGAGGGUACCCCGCGGGUGCCCCAGGAGGCACGGCCGAGGCUGACGGAAGCCCGCUCCAGUGUACCCCCAUGACCCGAGCCCAAACUCCCGCCGAGGGGCGGGGGCAGCCCUGCCCAGAACGGGCUGAUCGGGGCCGGGGCCGGUGGGGCCAGGCCGGGGGCCCGGGGCUGGCUGAGCAGGAGCUGGCGGGGCGCCGGGGGCCGGGCGGGCCGGGCCGGGCCGGGCGGGGCGCGGGCGGUGCCGCCGCGUUACAAGAAGCCGCGCAGUUCCAGGAACCCGAGGGCGGGCGUUGCGCCUGCUAUAAGAGACCGCCCCGAGCCGCCUCGGCAGCUUCGCCGCCGCGCACCGGCCUCGCUCCGCUGCCAGGACCGGCUCCUGCGCCCCAGGUACGGCAGCGGGACGGAGUCCCGGAGAGGACGGGGGGACAGCCGGGAAUGCCGGGACCUUCGGGGAGGGCGAUCGCGGAGGACCGGGGAUACCGGUGCUGUCUAGGGAAGGGCAUCGCCGGGGUUGUUGGUGCCUCAGCGGGGCGAUAA